GGGGACACAAUUGGUUAAUCCGAAUUCCUUUAUCAAUUGACACUUGUAGUUGUUAGAUAAUAUGAAAUUUGGUGGCUUGCACUUGGUAGCCUCAGUGUUGGCAUUAUCCGAGGGAGUAGUUGGGUUUUCAGACACUGCGUCUUUCUAUUCUUCUAUUAAGUUGAAUGGACAAUUCGACUAUAUAACAGAAGCUUCUGUCCUUUCAAGAUCUAUACAAUCAGUUACUAAUAAUGUUUGUCGUGAUAAUGAAAGAUUAAUUAUAUAUAGAGUCAAGGGAUUAUCUCAUAAUGGUGGUAUAUUACCAGAAGAGUCAUCAUCAUCUCCAAUAUCAUUUAUAAAGCAUGUUCACUAUAAUUCACCAAAUGAAAUUGACUUUGAAAUAGGUGAAUCAUGUAAUCAAGAUAGUAUUAAAUACGUUAAUGAUAUUAAUAGUAUUGAACAAUAUCUGAAUCCAAUAGUCAUUGUGGAUGUUGAAGAUGAUCAUCAUCAUAAAGUUGAAGAAUUCUUAACUCAUCCAAGUAAUAUUAAAGUCAUUGUUCAAGGUAAACCUAAAUUCCAUUCUAAGACUAAAUUAAAGGAUUUAGAACGUUUAAUUGAAGAUAAAUUAUAUGAACAUUUGAAUAUUGACAUUGCUUCUGGUAGCAAGACUACCAAGAGAGAUCAAAUUGAUCAUGAAGAAGAAGAUUUUGAUAAAAUUAUAGCAGAAGUAGAAGAAGAUUUUAGGGCUGCUGAAUCAUUUAUUGCUGAAGAAGGUGAUUCUGUAGUAAGUAUUUUUGAUGAUGAGGGGGAUGUUGAAGCCACUGAAGAUCAAAUCAUCACUCCAAAAGCUACUGGUUCUAAUCUUUUCACUAAUUAUCAAUUCUUUUCAUCAGGAAUAUGGUCAGGACUCAUUGUAUCUGGAUUCUUAUUAUUCGUAUUAUACAAUGCAUUGAGUUGGAUUUCAACUAUUGAAGUUUCCUAUGGUUCAUUUGAUAAACAAAUUGAUUUUGAAAAGAAGAAUGAAUAACCAAUCACGCUGGUUAAUAAUAAAAUAUUUUACAAUUAUUUCUAUCUAUUUUGUCUAUGUUAUUUUAUAUACUAUAAUAUAUAAGUUUUAGAAUGCUUAAGUAUUGAGGAAUUCGUGAAAUCGUGCUUCAUAUCCUCAUAUAGUCAAGUCUAAGAAGAAAGUCAAAAGGUUGACUUCAAGCACUUUGUUUCACUUACUUAGAUUGUAAUUAAACACACAGCAGUCUUCAUGUUAAGGAGUAUUAGUAUAUCUAAAGAGGGUAAUGUGUGAUGUAGGUAAGAAAUUCCUAGACAGUGGGUCA